AUGUCUCGAGACGAUUCACCAAUUGUCCGUCCUGUAUCAGACGAUGAGGACUACAACUGGACUCACCGCGCGUUCUUGCAAGCGUUCCAAACACACAGCGUCAUGACGGUUGAAGUGAUGAAGGCAACCCUUGCCGCCAUCCUGACUGCACAGAACCCAGAACGGCCGUGGUCAGAAGCGGACAUCACCCAACCCCAACUCACAAACGCCAUCCAAACCAUCAACGCCAAACUCGAGGCUUUUGACUUUGAAAUCCGAAACACACGCGACCAGCGCGACAGAAGCGUGCUGUACGCCCUCGUCAACAACACAUCCGACUCCCUCACCCAAUUCGCAACCAAGUUUUCCGCCGCCGAAAUCGCUUAUAUUCGCCGUCUGCUGGACUACAUGUUCGACACCAACAACACGCGCACGCGAGAAGUCAUGGCGGUCAAACACACCGAGGCAUCGCAGCUUGCGCGGCCCUCGCGGCGAAACCGACAUUCGCAAUUCAGCGGCCCUACAGCCGACGAGGAAGCAAACACGCAGACACAGAGCCAAACACACACCUCCUCCUCAGACCCAGGCAUCACCAUCCAAGAAGCCGACACCAUCCUCACCACCCUCGUCCAACAAGCCCUUCUCCAAAAGUCCCGCCAAGGCUACUUCUCCCUCGCCCCACGCGCCCUCAUGGAACUCCGCGCCUACCUCAAGGAAACCUACAACGAGUCCGUCGACGAUGCCGACGAGACCGACGACGCCAACGGGUCCAGUCUCGCGCGCAUCCGCAUCCACGACUGCGAAGGCUGCCGCGAAAUCGUCACCUAUGGCAUCCGUUGUAAUCGCAGGGAGUGUGGGGUGCGCUGGCAUGAUGCGUGUGCGAAUGGGUUUUAUAGGGGCAAGGGCAGGGAGGGCAGAAAGUGUCCGGGUUGUGGGACAGAGUGCUCGGGCGAUGUGUAUGUCGGGGAGAGGGCGGAUCGGGUGGCGGCUGGGGGGAGAAGGGGGAUGCUGGCAAGGGACGAGGACGAAGAAGAAGAAGAAGAGUGA